CAUCAUAAAAAAACCAGGCAUCAAAGAUCACGCCGACACCGACGAACACUGGAAUAUUCCCUACCGACGGACCAUUUCGAAAUUAAACAGACCAAAUCCCGAAAACUAUAUAUACCGCUUUUUCCCAUCUCGAUUUUGAGCCCUAAAAUCACACUUCCUCUCUCGGGCCUCCACCUAGACGCGCACAUGCUCUUCACUUCAAAAUUCCUCACUUUCCUUCGCUUUCCCUUACUUUCUCCCUCCAAUUCCUCGCUUCCCUUUAUCGAUUUCUCCGACAGCGCGUCAGAACGGCUCCGUCCUUUUCGCUCUUGACCUUGUCGUUCCAGAUCGCGAGGUAUGUGCCUUUGGUUGUUAUCAAUUUUGCCGGCUGUGAGGUCUGGGUCUUGGUUAUGGAUGCUGUGGAGUUGAAUUAUCCUGUGGAUGUGGCGGCACCGAAGCUUAUGGGAUCGGACGGGUUUGGUAGAGAUAGGGUUACGUUGAUGGAGGAGGAGGCAGCGGCUUGCGAGUCCAGCCGUGAGCUGUGCAACUCUUUGCUUAGCAAAAAAGAGUGGACAAGCUCAGUGAAUUUUUUGGAGUCUACACCCUUGGAUAAGGUUCCAGGUUCUGAACUUUGCCAGCAUGCAAGCCACCUGCCCAGCUUUCCUAGUGAAAGCGUGUCCAAACAGCGCCAUUGUAGUGGUGCCAAUGGUCCUUCGAGGGUUGUUCCAACGCCUGAAAAAGCGCAUGUACAGAGAAAAUCAGGACAAAUGUCAAGAAGUGGUAGUGGAUGUCAUAAAAGGCCACAAAUAGCUCUAUUGGAAGAUACUAAAGGUCCAGUUGUGGUUGAUGUCAUGAAGGAUCCAUCUGAUAAGCUAGGAUCGCAUCUGACAAAAAUUGACUCUCAAGAGAAAGCUCAUUUGUCAAGACAAAAGAACAACUUCAGCAGCAAACGUGGGGAUAGGAGAAAUUCCAAAGUUUCCACGAGGGCUAAAUAUGAUUCCUUCUCUGUGAAGGCAAGUUUGGCGAGCUUCAGUUCAGCUGCUGCGGGAAACAACUUCUUUGGAUUGUAUGGUCUGAAGACAGAUGUUCAUGACAUCACAAAACUUGUUGAUGAUUUAUCAUUGAAUGAUCUCCUUCAAGGCGCUUAUGAGUGUCCUAGCUUAGGCAAAGACCGGGGAAAGAAAGCAACAAACACAACUGAACGUAUUCUGCAUUCAGUUAGAAAGGCUUGCUCUAUUCUUCAGCUACCUAGGUCUGCACAGAUCCAAAAUUUUGCUGAUAUAGAUAGCUGUUCCAAUGAGAAAAUGCCUAUGUGCCAAUCUAGCUCUAUUUCUACUGUGGGAAAUGGAGAUAAUGGUGAUUCAUCUACAACAGAUAUAUCUUUAUCAAACAAGUUACAGGAUUCUAGCAGCAAGUCUGAAACUCCUGCUAAUUUGCUCAAUUUUUCAUUUGACCAACCUAAAGAUACGUUAGAACGCUUAACACUUCCUCCACCCAAGGAUUUGGAGUCUUUGCUUCUGGAUGCAGCCAAGCCUGCUGUUUCUUCAAGGAAUGCUUCUGAACCACGUCCAGGCAAGCAAAUAUCUCGCUGGCCUAGCUUGCCACAAUUUCCCUGGUCACACACUUUUAGUGGGCAUUGUAGAACCAAUUCUGAUGCAGUUAAGCUUUUAACAAGUAGGAGCACAUGCCAAGGUAGAUGGGUGAAAAUGGGGUAUGCUUUCAGUUCCCUUGGAAGUACCUCUAAUUAUUUUACAAACUUGGAGUCCUUCGCUUAUGAUGAGACCUUAGUUCCAGCAAGUGGUACAAAGCUGUCUAUCCUAGAUAAUAAUUUUGCUUCAUCUACAUUUGUUCCUCGGUGCGAGUGGGGUUCCUCAAUAGCAUCAGCUUCUGUGACAUCCCACACUCCUCUGGGCGAUACUUGCAUGAAGGAAUCUGGUGGCCUCAAGAAUCGAGGAAAAGUUGGGCAUUGUCCAAAAGUACUGGCAGCUGCUCAAACCUUGUGUGAGAUUGCCGCAUGUAACUCGAGGCUAAACCGAGAUGGAAUGAUAAUGAAGUGGCCAAAGAAGCCUACUCAAAAGGUGAUGAAAGCUCGCAAAUCAAAAUCAAAUGAGAAACAUGAAGAAAUGUUUGCAUCAUCCACUUCGACAAGAAAUGGGGACCAAAUAUUGGCCUCAAAGAGGCCUAAACUCUCAACAAGUGAGAACAAGGAGGAUCUUGUGCAUAUUAAUGGUGUGCGAAAGGGCCCAAUAAAUUGGUCUACGCCAAAAUCAAGUAGAUCAUCAGCCAAGUUGUCAGUUAGGGAUUCAACUGCCUACAUUGUAAAGCAAUCAUGUAUGAUGCCACCUCCAGCAAAGGUUCUGAACAGAACUUGCAAUGGCCAACAAAAGGUCCGUAAAUUAAUGCGAAUGGAUUGGAGCUGGGAAUGUGACAGGCAGGACUAAUAAAAUGCCAUUCCCAGUAGUUGUGAUAGUCCGUGCUCGUGCUAGUGCUGGCGCUGGCGCUGCACGGUCUGCCAAACUAGGUUGUGUACAUAGUGGGGUUGUUGUAGGAACCUGUUGUAACUCUAGGAGGGGUGAACAGGGAUGUUGUAACAUUAAGGAGACCUGUAGUUCACAACAGAGAAAUUCUUUGCCUUGUGUAAAGCAUUUAUGAGGCAAUAGAAAUUUCAGUUUUUUUUUUU